GCAGUCCCAGGGUCAUAAAAGGAAAUAUACACAGAACUCAAGAUUUUUUUUUCUCAUUUAUUAAUCAUCUUUUUUUGAAACAAUGUCAAAUUGGUCUGUUGAUUACGCGUCAUUGAACGGAAGUUUAAAGGUAUCCAACCCCAUUGGCUUUGAAGCAUCUGCGUUACAACGACUUAGUAAAUCAGAGAAAUCACAACGUCAAAUAGGUUCCGACCGAGAAGAUCAACUUCAAGUUGCGAUCAAAGUCAAGAGAGCUUGGGAUGUGGCCAUGGCACCUGCUAAAAGUAUACCCAUGAAUGCCAUCAUGAUUUACAUGUCAGGUACAGGACUUCAAAUAUUUACCGUAAUGGUGACGGCCAUGUUGUUUUUCAAUCCCAUCAAGGCCAUUAUGCAAGUGCAACAAACCUUCAGUCGUUUUGAAUCAACAGGAGCAGCCAGAUAUCAACCGGGUGCGGAUUUAUUGAUGGUGAAAUUAGCAUUUGUUGGACUUCAUAUUGUGACCAUUUGUUUGGGUGUGUAUAAGGUCAAUGCAAUGGGAUUGUUGCCCAAUACUGCUUCUGAUUGGUUGGCAUUUAUAAAGCCUAAAGAAAUCCUUGAAUUUGCAGCAUAAAGUAGAAAUCUUUAUUUAAACAAAAAAAAAAAAAGAAGAAAAGAAAAAAUGAAUUAAAAAAAAAGUUGCUAAAAAAAAA